AUAUUCAUGUUCCCUAUGUCAGAACACCGAACCAUCAGCCAUCACACAAGAGAGAGAGAGAGAGAGAGAGAGAGAGAGAGAGAAACAUUUGUAUUUCUAUAGAGAUAUUUAGAGAGAUGCUUUCUAUAUUUCAAUGGAAUAAAAUCCAGGAAUAAACCUCCCUCUCUUGUUGUUGAAACUCAGUAGAGGACAACUCCAAUGCAUCCAAACACAAACCGUACAGAAAAAACAAUCCUCAAACAUGGCUGCUUCUUCUUCUUCUUCUUCUAAAACUAAUAAAUCUCAUACCCAAACAUUCCCUCCAAUCAUUUUCCCACUUGUUGCUUUCCUCCUCCUUGUUUCUUCCCUUGGCACUGUCCACUCACUUCCCAUCGUGUCGGAUUCCGGCCACCGCUCACCCGAAAACCAAACGUUCCGGCCACAAACAGAGUUGCAAAAGUUGAGGAGAGUAAAGGCUUAUUUAAGGAAGAUCAACAAGCCUGCAGUCAAGACAAUUCAGAGUCCUGAUGGUGAUGUGAUAGAUUGUGUAUUAUCUCAUCUUCAACCAGCCUUUGAUCAUCCUCAGCUAAAAGGACAGAAGCCACUGGAAGCACCAGAGAGACCAAAAGGUAAUGAUUCCACAGAAGCAGCAACAGAGGUUUUUCAGCUAUGGACACAUUCAGGUGAAUCAUGCCCGGAAGGAACAAUUCCAAUUAGAAGAAUCACUGAAAAAGAUGUCUCACGGGCGGAUUCGGUAGAGAAAUUCGGAAGGAAACUGCGAAGAGGCGUGAGGCGCGACACGGCGAGCAGUGAUCAUGAGCAUGCAGUUGCUUUUGUGAACGGAGAACAAUAUUACGGGGCAAAAGCCAGCUUAAACGUGUGGGCGCCACGAGUGACCGAUCAAUUCGAGUUCAGCUUGUCGCAACUGUGGGUCAUUUCUGGGACUUUUGGCAAUGAUCUUAACACCAUUGAAGCUGGCUGGCAGGUUAGCCCAGAAUUAUACGGAGACAACUACCCUCGAUUCUUCACUUAUUGGACGACUGAUGCAUACCAAGCUACUGGAUGCUACAACUUACUUUGUUCAGGCUUUGUCCAAACCAACAACAAGAUUGCUAUUGGGGCUGCAAUCUCUCCAAGGUCAUCCUACAAUGGUAGACAGUUUGACAUUGGCAUAAUGGUUUGGAAGGAUCCAAAGCACGGGCACUGGUGGCUCCAAUUCGGGUCCGGGUUGCUCGUCGGGUACUGGCCGAACCUCCUGUUCAGCCAUUUGAGAGCCCACGCAAGCAUGAUACAGUUUGGAGGAGAGAUAGUGAACACAAGAUCGAGGGGAUACCACACGUCAACCCAAAUGGGUAGCGGCAGCUUCGCCGACGACGGCUUCCGGAAAGCAUCCUACUUCAGGAAUUUGCAGGUUGUUGAUUGGGAUAAUAACCUCCUGCCCAUGUCGAAUCUCCAUCUCCUAGCGGAUCAUCCCAACUGCUAUGAUAUCAAAGCUGGGAGGAACAAUGUCUGGGGAGAUUACUUCUAUUAUGGAGGUCCUGGGAGAAAUGCAAGAUGCCCCUAAACAAAAAACAGUACUAUAGCAUAAAUUAUAUAAAUGAAAAUUUCCCAUUUUUUCUUCCCCCUUUGUUUUCUACUACUAUAUAUAUUACUAUUGUUUUUUUUCAGGUUUUAUCCUAGGUAUUCUUUUUCCUUUGAUUUUUCUCUGAAAACAUGUAGUACUACUUUUUUCUUUUUCUUUUUUUCUCUGAAAACAUGUAAAUUGGGGGUAAGGUUAAUGACGUAUUUACCCUGGCUUGGGCAGUGCUUUCUGAGAUGAGUUUUGUUCAUCUUCCACUUAAGAUGGUGAACAUUAUCCUCUCUCCGAUUGAUUGAAAUGAAAUAAAUCUCAUUAAAAA